GUCGACGGCGUGCACAACUCCCACUUCUAUGUGGGAAGAUUGGCACUUGGACAACCGAAUCCACAGGAGUUGCAGGUCCUCUUCGAUACGGCUUCCGGGCAUCUUCUGGUUCCCCACUCCUCCUGCAGCAGUGAGGCUUGCAACAAGCACCAGCGAUACUCACCGUUCCAGUCCUCCACUGCCGUGGAUGUCAACACCAAUGGCAAGCCUGUGAAGGAGGGGCAGCGCCUGGUGAGGGGCAAGACCAUGCGGGAUGCUGUGACCGUGGAGUUUACACAAGCUGACCUCGGGGAGGGCAAGGCUCGUGCCGUUCUGGUGCACGACAACGUCUGCCUUGGCACGGAGUUUGGCCAUCAGGUGUGCACGGAUCUCGACAUUAUGGCCGCCAUCAAGAUGGAGGACGAACUCUUCAAUGCUAUGCCCUAUGAUGGCAUGCUCGGACUGAGCAUGGCCGGUCUUUCCAGUGGAGCUGGCUGCGUGUUCUUCAAGCGUCUUAUGGACAGCAACCCUUCCAUGCUUCCUCAGUUUGGACUCUCUUUGGGUGCCCAGUCCGGAGAGAUAUACUUCGGAGGUCAUGACUCUGCGAGGCUUGCUGAGGACUUGAAGUGGUUCCCGGUGCUUCACCCUGACGACGGCUUCUGGGAGGUUGCUGUCCAGGCAGUUCGCCUUGGCAACGUCACCGUGGACUACUGCAAGUCCGGCUGCAGAG